GAACAAUCAUACUUGGAAAACCUGUUUGUAUAAAACUUGAAAAUGGACUUUCUGCUUGUCUUCCUCGCUAUGGUCCUAGGUACCUACAGUCUGUCACCUGAAAGUGAGUUUACUGGCUUGGUGGGAGGAUCCGUCAGUGUCCCCUGUCACUAUGACGUGAAGUACAGAGACCAUGUGAAGUACUGGUGUACAGGGUGGAUCUGGGCCAGCUGUAUUGUUCUAGGAAGAACUGAUGAUCCCCCGAGUGAUGAAGGUACUUACAGUCUGUCAUUACAAAGGAACAUAACCGGAUGCGUGGGAGAAUCAGUGUCCCGUGUCACUAUGAUUGGAAGUACAGAGACCAUGUUAUGUACUGGAAGACUCUGGUCCAACUGUACUGUUCUUAAAAGAACCAAUGGCUCCUUGAAUGAUGAAGAUAAGAUACUGAUCGAUGAUGAUAAAACCCAGGGGGUAUUCACUAUGACUGUGAGGAGUCUGGAGAAGAAAGAUGCAGGCUGGUACUGGUGUGCUAUAGAGAGAAAAGGUUAUAUCAAAAUCGACAAACGUUUCCAACUUCAUCUUGACGUUGUUGAUGCACCUACUACACCACAAACAACAAUGUCAAGUAUAUUUUCCACAUGCUCCAACCAGCACACAUCCCAAGAAACCACCACCAUCAUCCAGUAUUCAACCAUCCUGCAUACCAGCAGCCGCCCAGACAGGUAAAAACAAGAAGCAAGAAGACGACAAAAACUGCAAUUCUUCCAAAGAAUCUGAAGAGUGUGUUACAUCCACGACUGUGUCAUUUCAUAAAAAACUACCAACCCACAUCGAGGGAAAGGUAACACGUUGUUUGAAUUAUUAUUAUUAUUAUUAUUAUUAUUAUAGCUGCAAAAAACAACUGUCAAAAUUAGCAGAUUAAAAUGUUAUUUCAGUGUCAUGUUUUCAGUGAGAUUGUCCCCACUCUUUCAUGCCUUUGUUUCUGUUUUUAACCAGCCAGCUGCUUCCCCUAUGGACUGACAUGCUUUCAGCCCAUUGAUUUGGAAAGUAAAGCAGUAAAAGACUU